GUUCAAGGAGUAGACAUUGAAGAAUUGAUACAGAGAUUGUUAGAUGCGGGCUAUGCAGGAAAGAGAACAAAGAGUGUAUGUUUAAAGAAUAGUGAGAUUGCUAUGGUUUGCGCAAAGGCGAGAGAGAUCUUCUUAUCACAGCCAACAUUGUUGGAGUUGAGCCCGCCUGUGAAGAUUGUCGGUGACGUCCAUGGGCAGUUUGGUGAUUUGAUUAGAAUGUUUACCAAAUGUGGAUUUCCUCCAGCAGCAAACUAUCUGUUCUUGGGUGACUACGUUGAUCGAGGCAAGCAAUCACUUGAGACUAUUCUACUUUUACUAUGCUACAAGAUCAAAUACCCUGAAAACUUCUUCCUCUUGCGUGGGAACCAUGAAUGUGCAAGUGUCACUAGGGUUUAUGGAUUUUAUGACGAGUGCAAACGUCGUUGUAAUAUUAAGACUUGGAAAUUGUUCAUCGAUACAUUUAACACUUUACCACUAACAGCAAUAGUUGCAGGAAAGAUCUUCUGUGUCCAUGGUGGGUUAUCACCGGUCUUAAACUCAAUGGAUGAAAUUCGUAACGUUAAUAGACCAACUGACGUUCCAGAUUUCGGAUUGAUCAAUGAUUUACUAUGGUCCGAUCCUUCGGAUGCGAUUAACGAGUGGGAGGAUAACGAAAGAGGUGUUUCAUACUGUUUCAACAAAGUUGCAAUUAACAAAUUUCUUACAAGAUUUGGCUUUGAUCUGGUUUGCAGAGCUCAUAUGGUUGUUGAAGAUGGGUACGAAUUCUUCAAUGGUCAAAGUCUUGUGACCGUUUUCAGUGCACCAAACUACUGCGGUGAAUUCGACAAUUGGGGUGCAGUUAUGUGUGUUAGUGAAGAAUUGUUAUGCAGCUUUGAACUCUUAGACCCAUUGGACUCCGUUGCCUUGAAACAGUUCAUGAAGAAGGGCAAACACGAAAGACGCUUAGCAAACUUGGCUACCCAACAGGCUAAUGCCGGAGGAAGCAACCAUGGAAGUUUCAGUACAGUUGUGGGAACCCCUACACUGUCAAAUAUAUCAUCAUGA